AUGACACAAGAAUGGGACUGUGCGCAAGCCUGUGUGACGUCGCUGAGGCCCCUAGAGAAAAACUGCCAGUUCUGUCUAAGGCGCCAUAAGCGGAGUUGUGUUGGGGCCUCUGGGGCAGCAGUGAACCCGCUCACUUGCAGAUCCCACCACAGCCAUGAGCAGUAACGAGUGCUUUAAGUGUGGACGCAUUGGCCACUGGGCCCGGGGAUGCUCUAAAGGAGGAGGAGCUCGGGUGCGUGGAGCUAGAGGCCGUGGCCGUGGAACUCAGUGCAGUUCAACCACGCUACCAGUCAUCUGUUACCGCUGUGGUGAGUCUGGUCAUCAUGCUAAGGACUGUGACCUUCUCGAUGACAUCUGCUACAACUGUGGGGAAAGUGGCCACAUUGCCAAAGACUGUGCCGAGCCUAAGCGAGAGAGAGGGCAUUGCUGUUACACCUGUGGCAGACCAGGCCAUCUGGCUCGUGACUGUGACCGUCAGGAAGAGCAGAAGUGCUACUCUUGCGGCGAAAGUGGCCACAUUCAAAAAGACUGCACCCAAGUCAAGUGCUAUUGUUGUGGCGAGAUUGGUCAUGUGGCCAAUCAACUGUAGAAAGAUGAGUGAGGUCAACUGCUUCCGCUGUGGUGAAUCCGGACAUCUAGCCCGGGAAUGCCCAAUUGAGGCUACCACUUAAUUUUUCGCUUUGUUCCCCCCCCUCCCCACCUCCUUUUGUUGACUGAUAAUUGUAUUAUUGUCUCUGAAACCUCUUCUCUGACCAAAGAUUGAUAGAUUGAGGCUACUUCCGGGUCAGUGAAUUUUAAUUACCAUGUUAAAAGAGGAAAGGGCUGGUUAAAAAAAAAAAUCUCAAAA